AUGGCCCACUCUGAGCAGUCCAUUGUCGAGAUGGGAAUUAAAAAAGAUUUGGAUUACAUCAUAGACGAUCUUAAAACGAAUCCCCAGGGCGAGAGGAAGACCCAAAAAACAGUACGUGGAGUGACCAGCACAUCAGUAAUACGGCACAAUGUUGGUAGUGUUGGAGGAGGUCAGUCAACGACAAGAAAGAGCAGAAACCCAUGCCGACUCAAUGCCAAGGAACUUAACUCCCUGGAAAGCAAAGCAACUGCAGCUUUACAUGUCAUCCGACAAGCUUCAAUCUCCAUGGAGCAACUCCAGAAAUCCCGCAUGCCGUCUCACCCAUCAGAUUCACCCAUGACUGUGUCUUCUUUGUCCCCAAAUCCGAAACGUAAUGUCUUGAGAGAUUUUUCCCCCUCCGCUGCAGACUCAGCAUCGUCACCAACAUUGUCGAGAAAGAAGAAGCACUGCCACAGUAUAGCAGAGAAACGGAUAAGCAAGAAGGGAAAGAAAUCGAAGUCCAACCAUGAGGACAGGUAUAUUUUCAAAGAAGAUGAGGACUGGAUACAAGGAAUAGAGGUCCGACGAGCAAGCCCACAUCGUGCCCUCGUGUCCUCUGUCAGCGAAUCUGUGAGCCCAGACUUUGGACGACGAAGGAGCAGGCACAUCGAUGAUCUUCUGAGCAGUAACUCACCCCUGGAAACUCAAAAAGUUACCUCCAAACUAAAGUCAAAAAGUCUGAAAUCAAAGAGGACCCUUGACAGAGUUACCUUAAAACCAAGAUCUGGACUUGAAAAGUCGCCAACGGAAUCGGACCCGGAAAGCAACAUGAAAGCCAAUUCGGCAGAAAAAUCCGAGAAAGAACUCCAACAGCUCGAUGCAAAACUAGACAUCACCGUGCAAAAAUCAGCAGAACCAACGUGUAACAACUCAAGAGGUACUCGGACAACCUUGGAUAACGAGGAUAGUGCCAGUGGUGAAAACAAAAUCAUUACUUGUACUUUAGACUUCUUAGUCUCCCAGAAAGAGGUUGAAGACUUGAGGAAGGAAAAUGAAUCUCUGAAGAAACAGCUAGAAGAAGCUGCCGACUGGGAAAUGCAGGUGAUGAGAGCAUACAAGACACUAGCAGAAAAGCACCACCAUGCAAGUAGAAGUGAGGAGGCACUAGUUGGGAAUCACAUCAUUCAAGAGGUACCGAGUAGACAACCACAUGCCAGUUGUGUGACAGACCAUGCUGACUUCGAGUUAUUACAUCAAACAGCAUCCAACCUGCAAGGAACUGGGAAACCCGACCACCAUGGCAGUGCAAGCCCCAUUUCAGACGAUGAAAAACAGUUAGAUCCUGAACUUUCCACUCCGCUGGAUAUUUCUUCCGAUCCUCUUAUGAUCCGCCGUGAUCACAAGCAAGAAAAUGGAGCUUGGGGUGUCUCUGCCUCAAAGCCAAGGGAUACUCCUUUGAAACCAAAUCUCGUAAAAAGCCAGAGUUCGCCACUGGAAUACAAAAUGGCGUCGUCCACCUUUCCACCGCUUUCAAGAAAGCACACCACUUCCAUUACAACAAAACAACCAGUUAAUGACUGUGGGUAUCGUGUAGUGUCAGCAGUGCGGGUUAAUGUGGAGGAAGAUAAGCUCUCUGACGUGUCCUCAAUUUAUGAACAAUUUGAAAUAAGUGGUGACCGGCAUGACAUGCGAUUUCCCUGGCAACACGACGUAUAUGUCCAGUGUGAUCCCAUGGAAACACGGGAUGUCAGCAUCCAGACAGAUUUUGAACCUUGUAGUGAGUGUCAACUCAGGGGAUUCUCCAACUCUUCGGACUUGAGCGAGUUAGACUUGGCUAGUAACUGCAGCUUUGAUAUGCGCACACGAAGCUCGGUUAUCUCAUCUUCUCGCCGCCCGACCGGCAAAGCGAAGCCGAAAUUACAGAGGCAGAAUUUUAGCCUUGACCUUAAUGAUUACCCGGAAUUUUUUAAUAGCAGUCUCCAGGUGAAUGGAACCGUACCUUCUGGCACACCUCAACGACCCUUCAGGAGUCGUACCUGUAGAAUCUCUUCCUUGCGUCCUUUAUCGGACUCGGAUAUCAGUCGACGCUUGGGAGAAAACGUCUUGGGGCAGCACAAGAUUUUUCAGAGACGCAAGAAUGCCGACGUCGCUUCUACUAAGAGUGGAAUCACUAUGCAUCUGACAAUAGAUACGAGUGAACGAGACUCCUUACCCUGUUCCCCGUGCCCAUCACCCAUUCCACAGGAAUUUGAAAAUUCACUGCACUUCAAAUCAAGGCCGAAGGUCAUAGUAACUCACCACGAUGACCCUGCGUAUGAUGUACAAUCACUCAGAAGUAGCAGCAAUGGUUCCCAGGACUCUCUGACCAGCGAGAGUAGUUCUUUAAGAGUCCCGUCACCGGAGUUUCUGCAAAGUAAGGCGGUAUUCAAGAAAGACAACUCGAUUGUUUCUGGUAGUAGUGACACUGAAGACAAUGAACCGUCAUCGCUGCCACCAACUUCAAGAAUCCACCAGCGACGAGGGGCUGUCAUCUCACAAAUUCCUCCAAACAGCUCAGACUGCGGAGACGAGGAUGGAGGCGGAAGUGGCAUAAGCUGUUUGCAUGAUUCAGGUCAGGGCGGUACAAACUCACCACCUCAUCAUGGAGACCUACUCUUCCCACCAAACUUUGGAAACGAACAUAGGUGUAGCAUCAUGAGUACAGCCAGCUCAACGCUUGCAUCCGUAGCUGCCGUGCAUUUACAUGAUUUCAUAGAAGCCAGUGCAACAGCAGGCUUUGACAGUAACGAUCUAGAGCAAGACAAUAACGACAGUGCUGAAAACAAAAAGAAGCUGCAUGCUCUCUUUAAGAAGAAAUUUGGAAAAGACAAAGACAAGAGUAUGAUUGAUGACAUCACUACCGUUUUUACGAAUUUUAAAAUUCGGGACCAGGAUGACUUGGAAUUUUCAACAUAUAAAGACAAGCAUUGGCGGGAUGUAAUCAUGGAGAUCGAAAACAAUAACUCUAACCACACGGUUUACUCCCCACCACAAGAUGAGGUGAAACGUAGGGACAAGGUCUGGGAACUAUUUCGCAGCGAAUGCGUCUACCUCAUUGAGCACAUCCUAGUCUUAAAAAAUGUGUUUCAGGAACCUCUUCGCGCCUUGCAGUGCGAGGGAUACCUGAUGUACAUCGAGCCUGCUAAAAUUUUCGCCAAUUUAGACGAACUGAGCCAGGUCAGUGCCUCCUUUUGCCGGGAUCUCAUCCGAAUGCUACUGGCCAAAGCAAGUAGAACAGAAAUUUGCCAUACAGAUGCAGUAGUCUCUGCCUUUUCAAUGUUCGGUAACCGCGUGUGUCCAGCCUAUCAGAGGUACUGCAUGAAUUACUCCGCGGCUCUGCACUACAUUGAAAACCUCAAGAAGCACGAGGACUUUGUUGAAUUUGUGAAGCUUUGCGAACAGGAUACACGAUGCAAAAGAUUGCAACUCGCUGACCUCAUGGUGGCACCAAUUCAACAUGUGACCAAGUACCCCUUGCUGCUGAAAGACAUUCGGGAACGCACAAAUGACCUCACCGAGCGCGCAAGCUUGAAUGCAACGCUGCAGGCUGUCGAAGUUGCACUGAAUGAACUAGAUGGCAAGGUUAAAUGGCUAGGAAACUUCGAGAGAUUGCGAGAGUUGCAGCAAAUGAUAACGUGGCCCCAAGUUGAAGAACUUGACCCCAAAGUGUCUGUACCAGAGUUCUUGAAGGAUGUGGUAGCCAAGAUGUCAAAAAGUAAUUUGCUGGCAAGUACAAAACGGACACUUCUACAUGAGGGGCCUCUGACAUUGAUCGAUGGAACAAAGUCCUCGGACAUGUAUGUCUUUCUCUUUGAUGACAUGCUGCUUAUCAGUAAAAUCCGAAAGAAUAACGUCAAGAAAAAGUCGCUUCCAGACGGCGUAACCAUCGCUGCCACGCCCCCUGUCCCGCGUAAAAAGGACGGCUUUUCGUUCACUGUCUACAGACCGCCAAUCCCCCUAGACAGAGUUUCUGUGGUUGAGAUAGAAAGUAAACGGGCAGCAGCAAGUGGACUCAAACACGGAUUUGUCCUUCUACAAAGCAGCAGAUACCAGCAGUUUGCGGGAGCUUACACAUUAGCAGCCAGUGACGACAAUAGCAAGCAAAUUUGGCUAACACAUUUGAAAAAUGCUCGGGAGAAGUGGAUCCAGAUGCUGCGUAAUAAUGAGGGUGAUGACUUCGCCAACGACGACAUUCGACGAGACAGGAAGCGGACUCUGUGAAAGAAAGCUUGUGGCAACAGAGUUCUGCAAGAUGUUUUACCACGAGGUUACGUUUUCUGUUCAGAUUGCCGUCUUCUAAGAUUUUAAUUUGACUGUUCCAUUAUCAUAUCGACAAUGCUCAUAAGAGAUGCCUAACAAGCAGUAUUGAUGCCAGUCAAUCAAUGCCUUAUUUCUAAUAAUGAAAGAAAUAGGUUAGAAAAGAUAACCACAGUUUUACAACUCCAAAAAGACAUUGUUUCUCAGCUGAAUUUGCCUUCUUCAGGUCUUCAUUUUGAGAAGAUCAUUUUAGCAAUAGAACACAAUGUCCAUAUGAUUUUUACGUUAAGGUGCGCGUGUCCACGCCAGCAGACGGAUAUUUGGCUGUAAUUAAAUCAUAAUGAAUGUUGAACUUGAAAUGUUUCAGGACAACAUAAACUGAUUUUUACUUUUUUUCAUCAUCAGCGUGAUUUUUGUUUUCCUUCAGAGAGGAACGUGGUAAAUAUUCAUUGUGGGUUUAAUUUUGGAGACCGACAACUCGAAACACUAUUUGAUUGUUAAUAACACAUGUCUUUGUUAUAACUGAUAAAUUCAAGCCUAACCAUAAUUGCGCCGGUUACUCGUUUACUUUCCAGGCUGAGUACUGUCUUGCUUUAUAGGUAUGUCAAUAUACUGAGGGGAAAACCUUAAAGGACUAAAGUUAAGAAAGACAAAACCUUUUGUAGUUACGGCUAAUUCUUCACAUGCAUCAGGAGACGAAGCAGGGUGUGAAAAUUUAUCCCUUUCUUGAAUAUUAGUUUGUCUUUAAAGGUAUUAUCCCUUUAUUACACACCUAUUGUGUUUAUAGAAGACUAAAAUGGCUGUGUACAUCUUCACAUUAUAGAAAAAUUGAAUUUUCCCUGGUCAAACUAAAUUAAUAUUGUUUUCAAAUGACACCCAAGGAGCGAUAGGGGUCUAUUAUUGAAUUCAUUUCAAUUUAGUAGCCAUUUUGCCAUUUUAGAACUUUUCCCUUUAAUAGGGCAAAUUUGAAAGUGUUAACGGGUGAAUAAGGCGGAAGUCGUCUUUCACGUCAAGUGCUGAGAACGUAAGGGCCAACACUAACGGCGUAUUAUCGUGCAACUUGAAAACCAAAAAUGAAACUCGGGUCUUAAAAUAAUACAAAUAUACUUCGGCUUUUGAAUCAUGAAUUCUGAACAGAGACACAGGAGACAAAUGUUUUUAACUGUGAGCGUUUAAUAAUUCACUUGGUAACAAUGAAAACAUCCGAUGCUCGUCAUACUACAUCAAAGUUAACAGUAGCGCUUGGGGUAGAUUUUGGUAAGCUGGCACACUUACCUUUCAAGACUAUAACUGCUCAACUCGGUAUUGACUAUAAAAUUCUUAAAUAUUCAAAUAAAAUGCAUUAGUAGUCGAGUUAUUUAACCACUUGAAAAUAAACUCAAUGUGACUAAGUUAUUCCACCUACACUAAAAGCCUAAGUGGGGCUCUUCGUAAUUCAUCACUCAAAUCGUUGGAAUUCGAUUUAGCAUUUAAUUCAAUUUAUUUUUAGUUUUCACUUUCCACGUGCCUGUAUUUCUCAAAGUGCCUAAGGCUUCAUCUCACUCUCAUGAAUAAGGUCGCUGGUAUACUAUGUCCGCAUCUUCAUCUGAGUGCUGUCCCACUUACCCAGUUGUUUUUGCUAAGACGUGUUGAAUAAUUACUGAAUGCUAUUACUCGCUCUAUAUAAAUUUACCGUUUGAGCAAUUGCCUAGCUUUAUUCGUGUGUGCACAAGCUUUCUUAAUUGUCGCUUUUAAUUCUAUGGUUCUCACAUAUUUGGCUUAGAUAAAGAAAUUGCUUGUCGAGUGUUCGCAUAUGAGAUGAUGCAAAGUGUUCUAUAAAUAAUUAUAUUUUUUCUGAAUAAUCUGUAUUUCCAGAAUUGUUAAUUAAGUGAAGAAAACUAUUUAAAAAAUCUGUUAGUAUGAAUUUCCUGACUUUAACCAAGUUUUCAAAAUACAUAAUGUAGCCAUCAAUCAACGUUUGCCAUUCAAAUUGAUCAAGCCCUGUGUUGUCCAUUGUUCUACCAACGAAUUCAUUCCCAACCAUCUUGGGUGAACGUAUGAACUAAAAACUUCAAAUUCCCACUGGCAAAAUUACCGUCAUGCUUCAAAAGUGGACAACCCCAUUUUCUCAUUUAU